GAGAAAACCUUCAAGAUAUGGGGGGGCGGGGUAGCAACAUUUUUAACCUGGAUUUAAACGCAUUUAGACUCGGGGCUAGAAGGAAUUUUGGCAGUCCCAAUUGGCCAAGACCAGGACCAGAAGACACCUGUGUGUCUUCUGGUUUAAACAUUAUAUCUUGAUUUAUUAAUCCCCAACCCAGUCCAAAUCGUCGAGCAGUGCUUACUCCACUCCUCAAACAACAAAACACGUAUUCGAUGAUGUGAAUGGCUGCGUGCGUGCGUGUGCGUGCGUGUGUGUGUGUGUGAGACCGUAGUUUAGAAUUUGUUUGUGUUUGUAGGACAGUUAUCUUAUUGUACACAACUUGGGGUGUUCGACAUUUCUCUCCUGCAGCGAAUUGGCUCCCCAAUUAGCUAAGCAGCAAUGACCCGCCCAGUAUUUUAAAGCCAGGACAACAUCGGGCACCGGCUGCUACAGAAACAUGGCUGGAAGUUGGGCCAGGGCCUGGGCAAAACCAUGCAGGGUAAGGUUUGUUGGAUCCCUUCUGUAUGUCAGUAUGCGAGCGUGCGUGCGUGCUUGUGUGUGUGGGUGUGUGUUUUCUUUCUCCCACUCGGCAGUUCACCUCAGUGUAACCCCCCUUUAUUUUAUUUUUUUUACAGUAUACUGUAGGCUAUUGGCCUCUGUAAGCUUCCAUCUCUCUGCUUCAUAAUCACUAAACCUUUAUCCGAAUCCACCCCCCCGAUGUGAAGCGCUUUGAUUUGAGCAAAAAACAGCAGUUCAUUGAAAUCAAUGUAGACGUAAGAAGCCGUGAUUCCAUCACACCCCCAAGAAUCAUUAUUUAUCGCUAGCUCGUUCCUUCCCCCUCCCUCUCUUUGUUUCGGCGGCUGCUACGGGGAAUCUGAUUGGCUGCGUCCACGCCUCAGACUUUGAAUGGCUUGCAGAGUAGACCCAACUUCACCCCCCCUCUCUGCUUGUUUGCCUGUUUCAACUUGAAAACAACUUGUGACACUUGGAUGUGUGUGCCUGUCACGUGUCGGACUGAUGAGAUGUGUGUGUGUGUGUGUCUGCGUGCGUGCGUGCGUACGAGCGAAUGAUUGUUACUGUAACUGAGCGGGCCAUAGCGUCAACUUACAGGGAAAACCUCACCACCCUCCCACACCCUCAACAUCUCUUGUUGCCUUGGUUACACACUCCCACCCAUCCUCCCCUCUUUCUUUAACCCCCUCCGCCCCCCCUGCACGGCAUGUUUGUCUCAGAGGUGCACCGUUGCCUGGCUCCGACUUGUCACACUCCCCCUGGGCUUUAAGCAGUGUUGCUGUUCGACGCAUUAGGGCGGUCUUGCACAAAAUGGCAGAAUAAAACCUAGCACAGGAGUAGAGUGUGACUUAUGGUAGUAAAGGUACCGCGUGCGUUGCAUGUGUCGAGCCCUGCUUAAAGUCUGGCGGGUAAAUUCUUCAGGUACGUUUGUGUGUCACGUCUUUAUUGGGGGGAGUAGUUUAAAUAUGCCCCCCCUCCCAAAAAAAUAACAAGCUUUUGGAUUAAGGGGUUUCUAACUUCACCAAGGCAUCUUAAAAGGGGAAGAUGGCGGUCAUCCACAAUCGAGAGCUAAGCUGACCACAUUUUGAUACUCCAAAACUCGAUUCUGUUUUGGAAUGGUUCCAUUAGCACCCUUAGCUUGUGUGCUUCUUUUAUUUUUGUCUGAGCUGGUAAGAUUCUCAGCCGUUUAAAGUUAAUCCCUCACCCAGUAAAGCUCCUCCAAAAUUCUUCAUUCAUCAAGGAUGGGGAACCUUGAAAACAGUUCCUCUGAGGGUUUUGUUUGUUUGUGGAAACGCACGACGGGCCAGAUAAACCGCUCCCAGGACCGUCUCUGGCCCACGUGCUGUAGGUUCCCUUGCUGUGCACUAUGUGGACACAAGUUUUGGCACAUAUUGUCUUACCUCGUGAAAAAGUGAGUUGAAUAUGCAACACCUUUGACUGAGAGGGCCUUCCAGCUGGCCAUCACGAUGCUAGUUUGGCCUCUUCUCUACACCAAAUCCUUUCAACAAAGUUUUUAAGAACUUUUUUUAGGGGGGCGGGGCAUUGAAAGAAAACGGCCUUCCCUGAACUGUUCCCACUGAAUUGGAAGUCUACGACUGCCCUCGGUGUCUUGCUGGUGAUGAUGAAGUUUUCAAGAGAUUCAACCUCUGCCAUUUGGCAUGUUGUCCCAAUACUUGCGUCCGUACAGUGUAGCUCUGCAUUAUCCCUACAAAGGGGAACAUUAUUGGCACAAUGGUGUUUGGGGCAUAUUCUGGUUGAGGGAAUGAGAUAAAUACCAAAGAGCCAGGGCACUGGGACCUGUGGUUUGGAGAUGGUGGUGAGAGGGAACCUGUAAGCACCUCGCUGUGUGUAAAGGGAUGUGGGCGGAUGGGGGGGUGUGAACACAUUGACGGGCACAUUAAGUGCCUCAGGUAAUAAUCCGUCCCCCCCAGCCAAGCUCCACAACUCCACACACACACACGCAUCCACACGUACACACCCAACCCCGCCCUCCCUUCUCUAUGUGUCUCAAUCUUCCUGCUUAACCAAUUGGUGUUUCUUUUUUACAGCGAUUUGAUCCUGCCCAUGUUGUGCUGAUGGUAAACUUAGUGGACGCACGGACCCCGUGCCCAUUAUUCUUAAAUAUGAUGUCAUGGGGAUGGGACGGAUGGAGAUGGAGAUGGACUAUGCAGAGGAUGCCACAGAGAAAAGAAGAGUGCUCGAAGUGGAGAAGGAAGAGACAGAGGAGCUACGGCAGAAAUACAAGGAUCAGAUUGAGAAGGAGAAAGCAAUUGCAAAAGCCCUGGAAGACCUGAGGGCUAAUUUCUACUGUGAACUGUGUGACAAGCAGUACACCAAGCACCAGGAAUUUGACAACCACAUCAACUCCUAUGACCACGCUCACAAGCAGAGGCUGAAAGAGCUCAAGCAGCGUGAGUUUGCUCGGAAUGUGUCUUCGCGUUCCCGCAAAGGUGGAAAGAAACAGGAAAAGAUGCUGCGCCGUCUUCACGAGCUGGCUGAGCAGAGGAAGCAGCAAGACCGCACUCCGGGAAGCGGACCCAUGUUCAAAACCACCACAGUGGCUAUAGAUGGCGAGAAGGCCGAAGAUGGAGAUAUCUUUGCCCCCGAGAGUGCUGUUGUGACAGAGCCUGCCUUCGAGGUCUUUGUUCCAGACAAAAGCGAACGAGCCUCCCCGAAGCCUGCGCCGACAUUGAGCUUCUCCUUGGGCAAGAAGAAGAACUGCUCCUCACCUAGCGCCAGCGCGUCAUCCAAAGUCAGCGUGUCGUUCUCCUUCGCCAAGAAGGCACCGGUGAAGCUGGAGACAGCGGCUGCAGUGUUUACCGAUCCCGGCGAGGAGGUCAUCGAAGGAGAGGAUGGCGAGGAAGGAGAAAAGGCGGCGGUCCAAGAUGAAGCGUCUACCUGCAACGCUGACAGCCCCAAAGGAGGCUCGCGCGUAAGUGAUGGAGGAGAGUCCAGCAUUGCGACGGGGACAGAGGAGAUGCAGCAGUCCAACGACGGAAACUCGCUGGCUUCGACGCUCAACAAGCUGAAAAUGAUGAUGAAGAAGGAGGAGAGCUAUGCAGGACAGGAUCCCCAGUACUACCACUACAUGCCCCCAGCGCACUGUCGAGUGAAGCCUCACUUCCAGUUUCUGUUGUUCAUGAAGGCAUCUGAUCAGAAUCAGAGUAAAGAAGACGAGGAAGAUGAGGACGAAGUGCAGGAGGAGAAGGUUGAGACCGUUUCUCAGGAGUCCAACGUCGUCGAGUGCAGCAACGAAGAUGACGAUGAUGAUGCCAUCACCGCCUCAACCCCUGAAGCUCAACAAACUCCUCAGCCUUCAAAAGUGAAGGAAGAGGACAACACUUCAUGCACAGUGGAGACGACUCCUGAUCUUCCUUCUUCCCUAAAGCAGAAAGAAGAAAGCUCACCACCACCGCAGCCUUUGGACUCCAACUUGGGUCCCAAGAUCCCCAUGGGUCCGUUCUUCCCCGUGUUGAGUAAAGAUGAGAGCACCACCCUGCAGUGGCCCUCCGAGCUCCUCGAGUUCACCAAAGCGCCGCCUUCAGUGUCUUACAGCUGCAAUCCUUUAUACUUUGAUUUCAAGCGGUCUCGUAACAAGGGCAUGCGUGCUGGGAAGGCUGUUAAGUCUCCAAAGCCCGGCGAGCCGCCCGACAAAGAAAAGCAGAAAGAGAUAACCCCUAAGGCCGAACCAGUUGCUAAAACAGAGCUCAACAGUGAUGAGGCUGCCGCGAAGGCGCAACAUGGCCAUUCCGAACGCGGCGAUGAAAAAGCAGCGACGGGUGGCGGCAGCGCCAAGAAGAAAAAGAAGAAGAAGAAGCACAAAAAGUCGGCAAAACAUUCGAAGCGCAAAGCGAAAGAUAAAGAUGCACUCGCGGAAGAUGCGCAGGGCGAGACUGAACCAACUCAAGAGACGCCCAAGAAAAAGAAAAAGCACAAAAGAAAGAAGAGCAAGAACAAAGUAGCGGAUCAAGAAGAGGCUGCAGGUGAGGAAAAGGAGAAAGCCAAGGAAAAGUCUGAAGUUAAACCCGAGCCUUCCUCAGUGCAGGCCCCAGUUGGAAGAGUCGUAGGAACUGGGAAGCGGAAACGGGCUAUGAAGGGCCCUACUAGCAGGUCAGGACUGGAGGAAAGGAGCACUGGAAAAAGCUUAGACAAAGCUAUUCCCUCUGAGGAGCAUGGCAGCAACAAGCGACUAAAAACUGAUUCCGGGCCCUCCCAGAGCGCCUCUUGUUCCACCUCGGCUCAGAAAAGCCCGGGUCCCGGAAGACCUCCCAGUAGCGAGAGUGAAGAGGAAGGUGGUUCCACCACCCGGCGUUCGCGCCAUCACCGGUCGAGUCCUCGGGAAGAGCGGCGUCACCACAGUGAGGAGUCGAGGCGCUCCUGUAGCCGCUCCUCGAGACGCGGCAGCAGCCGUCGACGGCACCACCGCGGCAAAACCUCCCAGAGUCGCUCUUAUUCCAGCAGCUCUGACCGCUCCUCAGCGGGUAGCAGCGCCUACAGCCACCGAAGCCGCAGCUACUCGGACAGCUACAGCGACUACAGUACAGAGGGACACCAGCGCAGGCACUCCAAACGCUCGUCGGACUCGGACUACGAAAGGCGGGGCAACCGAGGGCACCGGCGGUCCAGGCGGCGCCAGUACUCCUCGUCCUCCUCCGACGACUCCCGCUCACGUUCGCGCAGCUACAGCCGCAGGAAGCGGCACCGGCGGCACCACCGCAGCACCUCCAGGAGCUCCACGAGCUGGAGCCGCAGCACCAGCGUUAGGUCCUGGAGGCGCAGCUACAGCCGCAGCCGCAGCUCGGGUAGCCGCUCAUCCAGCUCCGCCAAGGGCUCCCCGCACCGCCGCAGCGCGCGCAGCCGAGCGGGCAGCGAGACCCUCCGCAGGGACUUUAACCGCACCAGCGUCUAUCGCUCGCAGUCGCCGCGAUCCGCCUCACGCGGUCUUACCCGCACCGCCCUCAGCUCGCAAGCUCAGCGGCUCGGCGGAACCCGGGAUGCAGGUGAGUACAAAAACUCCCUCACGGCACGUCAGCUCUUGGAGAAGAUUCAGUCGAAAAAGAAUUCAGACGAUCCCAUCGCAGCAACCAAAUCUGGUUUAAAGAUCAAGGACCCGCCGCAGGGAUACUUUGGUCCCAAACUACCCCCAUCGACCAAAAGCAUGCUGCCGCUUUUUGGUAAACUUCAAGCAGCGAAGAAAGCACCUGUGAUCCCACCGAACAGAACGGAUGAGUGUGACAAACCUGGAGAAGGGAAGAGCACAGAGGCUGAUGGAGAAGUUAUCCUGGUGGAGCCCAUAAGGGAAUUCCCGCCGCCGCCUCCGCCACCACCACCUCCGGUUCCGCCAGUGCAGAAAGUCGAGGAGACCCCACAGAGCAUGACGGUACAGGAAGAGACGCAACAGCCGACAUCAGACACUCAGGUGCUGCAAGAACCCCGGCUGCUUUAUGAGCAGGACUCCUCCGUGAUGAUACCUCAGUACCAAGGGGAACUGGGGCAGGAGCCCUUGCAGAACCCCAUGAUGGAGACCCUCAUGCCCGACAUGCAACAGCAGCAGCCCCCGAUGCACGGCUACCCCAUGUACGCGCCUGCCGGCCUAGAGGAGGAAGGCCUGGAGGCAGAGGAAGACGGCCUGGCACCGCUGGAGAGUCAGCCCAUCACGUUCACGCCGGAGGAGAUGGAGAAGUACAGCAAGCUGCAGCAGGCGGCGCAGCAGCACAUCCAGCAGCAGCUGCUGGCCAAGCAGGUCAAGAGCUUCCCGCCGGCCGCCGUGGCCGCCACCGCCGCCCUGGCGCCGGCGCCUCCCCCGCCCGCCCUACAGCAGAUCCACAUCCAGCAGCCCGCUGUAUCGGUGGCGUCGGGCACGUCCAUCACCACCGUGCAACACGCCAUCCUGCAGCACCACGCUGCCACCGCUGCCGCCAUGGGCAUCCACCCGGCGCACCACCCGCACCCCGCCCAUGCUCAGCUGGCCCAGGUGCACCACAUACCCCAGCACCACCUCACCCCUAUUUCCUUAUCCCCCUUGGGUCCCACUCUUGGACACUCGCUGGGACACGCCGGGCUGAUCCCCGCCCACCCCACCGCCUUCCUUUCCGGGCAGCCCAUACACAUCAUCCCAGCCUCGGCGCUCCACCACACACCCUUGGCCCUCCACCACGUGCCCCACGCUGCCCUCUACCCUACGCUCUUCACACCCAGACCCUCGCAAGCGGCGGCGGCGGCAGCAGCGGCCCUCCAGCUCCACCCGCUCCUCCACCCCAUCUUCUCAGGGCAGGACCUCCAACAUCCAUCUAACCACGGCACCUGAGCAGUUGAGAAGUCUGACUGGACACUCAUUCUUCUCUUUUGGAGGUUUUUGCAGCCCCGCCCCCCUACUCCAGACACUGGCUUGGUUUUGCAAUGCGGUACGAAAACAGGAUGUUUUUUUUUUUAACUCACUGGAUGAUUUUUUUUUCCCCUGUAUUUUGUAUCUUUGUUUUUCAGCCAGUGAAUAAAUGGCCAAAGCCAUGAGAAAAUUUGGAAUGACAAGAAAAUACAGGGGUGAGCAACUAUAUACAGCCCAUACGUCAUUUAAGGAGUACCACCCCUGCUUUAACAUGACUACUUUUACUUGCAGUAACGUGUACAUAUAUCAGUGUGCAAUCUGAAGAAUUCCACCCAAAGAAUUGGUGGCCGAGAUCAUCGCGACUAUUUGCGCUACGAUUAACCCCCCGGCCCCAAUUCGCAAUGUCGGGUGACAUUUCUUGCACUGAAAUCUUAGUCAAAGAUUGUAGUAUACUGCAAUAAAUUUUUUUGUUUUGUUUGUAAAUUAUUUUCCAAGAUGUGCUUUUCCAAGAAGGAAAGGUAGUUUUUUUUUGUUUUGUUUCUCCGUUGUGUAUUUUUGUUUUGUAAAUAACCUUAACAUUCUAGCGGUUGUAUUGGUCAAGGAAGUUGCUCUCUUGCCUCAAUGGGCCUCAAACUGUAGCUACUCUGUAUUUUUCUUUAAAACUAACUGUUUCAGCCAAUAAACCCUUGAGUUCA